ACAUGUGUCUACUGCAGUAGGGAGACGGAGCUAGGGGGCAAAGCAGAACUGUACCCCAAAUACCGCUUACCUACAGUACCUGUACAUUGCCCAUGUAUUUGUGUCAUAACUUGUGGCGUGUGUAACACCUGGCUUUUCAUGUGGAUAUCAUACCAGUACCUUUUUGACAAGGGGCUGUAAGACAGUGGAAGGAAAAUGGAAUAAUGGAGAGAGAGGAGGGAGACAGGGACUUAGCCAUUAAUCUAAGCACUGCAACAACAACCACCACCAGUAACCAUGGCAAUGACCUACCCCACACCAUGUCCAAUGGCAGUGUGAACGGAAAUGGGGAUGGCAGAGAUUCCCCUGGUAUUGGUCAGUUAUCUCCCCUGGCAAAACUCUCUCCACCAGGGGGACUAGGAAGCUUGUCGAAACGGAAAGGAAAGUCAGGAAUGGAUGGUACCCCGGGGACUAUGGUCUCUGUUUCCUCGCAACAAAACCACCACGCCCAACAAGCAGUGCAGGCUGCGGUGCAGCAGGCGCAACAACAGAUGAUGUUAAUGUCACAACAUGGCAUGACACUACACCAAGUGCAACAGAUGCAGCAGUUACUACAGCAACAAAUCCUUUCUCCUCAGCAGUUGCAACAGAUGAUGCAGCAACAGUCAUUGCUUAUGCAGCACCAGCAACAGCAGCAGAAGCUACAAGAAACAAUUCUGCACCAGUUAAAUGAACAGCUACAACUCAAUGUAUUACAGCAGUCGCAACUGAUGCAACAACAACAACAGUCUGAUAAGAAUAAAAACAGCAAACACCUUCAGCAACAAUUGCAGCAACUGGCUGUACAACAACAACAACUAAUACAGCAGAUCCAGCUAACUCAGCGCCAGUAUCUUCUAUCUCAGGGAAUGGGGCUCGUCCAGCCAUUUGCAGUACCUCAAGGGAUGACGCCUUCGGAGCUCCAGGCACUAUGGAAGGAGGUGUCCCAACAGGGUGGCAUGGAAGAAGGAGGUCUUAAGAGUCCAGUCAACGGUAUGUCCAUGGGAAACCAAGGGGCAUCUUCACUCCUCCACAACCCAAACUUCCUCUCAAACGGUGUGUCAUCGGACAGCUUCUUACUUUCUGGUGGAAUGAUGAUGGGCCAGCCCCAGAUUGGGAUAAAAGCAGAGGAAGUGCCCAAUUCGCAUCCGCUGUAUGGGCAUGGUGUGUGUAAAUGGCCAGGCUGUGACACACCAUGUGAAGACUUUCCAACAUUUUUAAAGCACUUAAACAGUGAACAUCAGCUUGAUGACCGUAACACAGCUCAGGCCAGAGUGCAGAUGCAAGUUGUCAGCCAGCUGGAAUUACAGUUAUCCAAAGAAAAAGAGAGGUUGCAAGCAAUGAUGCAGCAUCUUCAUAUGAAACCCCAGUCAGAGAAAUCUGAUACGAUCCGAAUUCUUCCAAAACAACAGCAGCAGCAACAUCAACAGCAACAUUCUCCUCAGCAAGCAUCGACGGGUAUAGCUAGUUUACUUCCGACGUCUCCGCCAUCAGCGGUGUCGCUAGUGUCGACGCCCCUGAUGAUGACUCCAUCGAGCCAGCCCUCCACCCCCCAAACCCAUCUUAACCCAGCCUCCCUCCAGUCGCCCAGCGCUGCGGGACCUAUCCGCAGGCGCGUUUCUGACAAGUGCAAUCUCCCCAUUUCAGCAGGUGAGAUCCUAGAAAUUCAGCGAAAUCGUGAAUUUUACAAGAAUACAGAUGUGCGACCACCUUUUACAUAUGCCUCGCUUAUACGACAGGCAAUAAUUGAAUCUCCUCACAAACAACUAACACUGAAUGAAAUCUACCAAUGGUUCCAAAACACAUUUGCCUACUUUCGGCGGAAUGAAGCUACUUGGAAGAAUGCUAUUCGCACCAAUCUGUCGCUGCAUAAAUGUUUUGUAAGGUAUGAGGAUGAUUUCGGCUCCUUCUGGAUGGUAGACGACUUAGAGUUUGUAAGACGACGCCAUUUGACACGAGGACGGCCCAGAAAAUAUCAUGAAAAUGAGGCUCCACAGAACAUUUCCAUGAAAUCUCCAUCAUUAUCUCAAGAGCCAUCCUUGUAUGGAGACACCAUCAAUGCUAGUUUGCGACUAUCUCUGUCGCAGGCGGCGCUGUCUGAUGCAAACCUUCCCCUCAUCAACAACUCGCACUUCGAGACGACGAAUCUGGACACAGCAGAAGAUCUCUCCAUGAAAGGUCACCCCAGUCCACAAGGGGAGACAAAUCUUUCAGAAAGCCAAAAUUCACCAGAAAUGGCAAGGGAAGAAGAAAUUAUGCUGUCAGUGAAGCAGGAAGGAGAGAGCGCUGGGUUAGACGGGGUGGAACCCUUAGAGGAGGAGGAGGAGGAGUUUACAAAUGGGGAGGAGUCAGAAGUUCCCAUGGACAUGAGUAAACCCAGUUCUGUUGGAGCAGAUUUGACCAAUGAGGAACGGCUGUCAGCAGAGAGCAGCCAGUCGGAAACCGUUGCACAUUCCACAGAAAUUUGAGAGUUGCUUUGAAGGAACACAUUAUGCUACAAGUAUGCUGACUAAUUACGUUAGGAGUGGAUGUCGCUGUCCACACAGCAGACUCUGUUACUCGAGACUGUAAACACAAAUCAUGUGUACCGAUAAUGUGUACGCAAACUUAAUUUAUAAACAGAACUACUUAUCUCCCAUGAGGACUUAAAAAAAGCCAGUGCGUUGUUGACUUUGUGCUGGCUGGAGCAAAGCCAGGCGUUUUACAGCUGAAACCCAGUUACAGAUCUGACUUGUGUUUUACAAUGAAACGUUCGAGCUGUAUGUCCUGUGUAGUUUUAUUUUAUUUUAAAUUUUUUUUUUUUUUAUUUAUUUUUUUUUUAUGCUAUUCUGUUUAUAUAGUGUGGUCGGCUAUAAUGGCAAAAGUGCUCCGUUAUUGACACACUGGUGAAAAUUCGACAAUCAAAGCUUUACAAAAUCAACCUUAAACCGAGUUCUGUCCAGGAUUGUGCAAUAACGGGCAAGGACCUGAGAUGGGUGCCUGCACUUCAGGAAGGAGAGACAUAGGUGUGUGUCUUUCUGCUGCAUGCACAGAGUUGCCUCCCAUAUGUGCUGCCCCCUGGUGUUUUCUUUGUGUCAUUUUCUGUGUGAAUCUGAGAGUGCAUGAGAGGAUAUACAUAUUACAGCUUUGCCAGAGGUCUAGUUCUAUUUUUCUUUAUUUUACUUUUUCAGCCAUUUGUUAAGGAACUAGUUUUCAUAACCAUAUAUGUAGGAAAUGUGUACAUUGUAUAGACUUUUUAAGAGGAUCUUAUCUAUAUACAUGAUUUUUUUGACAGAAAAGUCAGUUUUGAGCAUGAGUUAGAAAACUCAUUGUUUGUCAUCAAAACCCAAUGACAUUGAGACCAAAGACCUGAAGUAAUUUAAUUCUUUAAUAAAAAGAACCGAAUUGAACUUGAUGACCAACAGAUGUUGUUAUUAUUAUUAUUUUUUUUUUUUUGUAUCAAAAAUUUGAAAGGAAAAGCUGAUAUAUUUAUCUACACAUUUUGUUUAGUGUUAAUUUUCUAUCAGCUUUCAGAGUGUUGAAACUUGUCAUACUGUGGUCUUGGGAGGCCUCCAGGGUUGUAUCAAACAUUUUAGAACAUUUAUACCUUUUUUUAAUCGGAGGCAGUUGGUGAAUAUUUCUUCCAGGUGGUGAUGCGUGUAUAAAAAGAAAACCGAAUAAAAAAAACAAAACAAUUAUGUGUACAAUCAAACAACCGGUACCAUACCUCAUGAUGUGUAUUAGAUAACAUGCAUUCUACAGUUAUUUUUCUAAUGUCCAGGCAGAAGGUCACGUAUGGUGUUGUGGUCUAGAAAAUAGUGCUCAUAUCUUUGAAUUGUAUUCUCUCACUGAUUUAAAUUUUGGCCACCUGGUGAAUUACUUUUGUUUAAUUCUUUAAGAUGACAGACAUCUUUAGCCUAGUCAGUUGUUCAAGCUGUUAUUCUGUUCUCAUUGGUGUACCCACAAAACACAUAGAUCUCAUUUGCCCAGUUAACGGUCAUAAAACUUUUGACUCCGAAGGGUGUAAAAUAUUUUGCUUGUGUCCCGGUUCUGAUCAUUAAGGCUAGGUGCUGAAGCCUACUUAAGCAAAUGUGGUCAGUUGUGACAGCAAUUUAAAAUUUAUGAAGACCAAAGAUGGUUAUUUUAAAUGCACUGCAAUACUUUACCCACUUUGAAUUAUUUAUUUGUAAAGGUGAAUGAAAUGUCUAAUAAGGUAUAAGUCUGACGUUUACCAGCAGUACUUCCUUAAUGUGCUUCUUUAAAUAUCAAAACCAUUGUUUUUUUCAGUCGCCAACCAUUGUCUAGUUUUAACAUUCCCAGGUAAUUCUUGUGUUGUUUGUAGCAACCAACUCAUCACAUGAGGUGAGAUUGCUGCAGAGAGGUUCUGUUUUAGAUGUUCUUGUAUUGUUUUGUGUGAUGGCAUAAUAGUGAAUUAGCAACCAUUCUUACUGAUUGCUGUGGUGCUCUCACAUCAGGGAUUCCCCUUCUCUCAUCGUAUGCAUAGAAACCGUGAUCAUAAUAUACAGAGUUUUCUCCCUUACCGUUCCACAUUUUAGGUGACGAAUUUAAUUGUUUUGAAAUGCCAGAUAUACUAUUUACGGUAUGUGACAUUUUUUGUCAUUGUAUUCGGAAGGAUAUCAAAGUUAUUAAUUGUAUCUUGUCACUUAUAUGGGGCAAUACCAAAAAAAAAGUCAUUUACCUGUGAAACCUGUGGUGUCACCAGUUACUUGUAGUCUGUUCGUUAUCAUCUCUGGUGAUCAGUUGUGCAGGUGAUCAUGUGCUUUCUUAUACGUGCUUCUAAACUAGCAACUUCUACAAUUCAUCAGAGGUGUUAAAAAUGUGAAUGUUACGUGUUAUUUAAUUUUGGACCAAAAACAGAAUGUAUAUGUGAGGAGUUUGAGAGAACUGAAUGCUAUCUUUGAUGAAACUAAAAUCCUGGAGCCCCGGCCUUGUGCUAGUCACAUCUUUAACUGAGUUAGCUCCCUUGUUAGAUUGACGGAUGAUCAUCCGUCUGUCGGGUAUAAAUGCAUAAUUACAAUGUCAACCCUUUACAAUAACAUUGAACUUUGCAUUUUAGGAGGAACCUGUGUACAUUAUGAUGAAAUAUUGCUAGACAUUAGCUAGUAGAAAAGUGUAGCC